ACGUCAUUGCGUCAACGCAACGUGACGUCAGACGCACAUUCACAAAAGAAGCGCGAGGGAAUGCUGGACUACAAUAACACUGAGUUAAUGAAUGAAUGAAAGUUGGAGAUUUAAGUGUUUAUAUAGACAUGUCGUUGCUUAAACCCUUUAGUAAACUUCCUGCUUUGAACGCAGCGACUAUCUUGCUGGUGGAAAGGGAGGAGCGGUUUCAGCAGAAUUUAGCAGAUGCUCUGGUGGGGGAUACCACUGUCACUGUGAAUGUGAGACUGGCUAAGAGUUUACCUCUACCCAUGGAUAAUGAGGAGAGUCGGCCGAGAAUAGACCUGGUGGUGUUUAUCAUCAAUCUGACUUCAGAACUCAGUUUGAAGUCAGCAGAAGCUUCCCUGAAAUAUUUGGACCCUGGAUAUUUUCUUGGAAAAGUCUGCUUCUUGGCAACUAAUGCUCGUAACACAUCAGUCCCCACAGAACGUCUGGACGCCAUGAGGAAGCUUGCUGCUUCGCUCCACUGCCCCCUGCUGUUUGCAGAAGAUCAGACCCCAGACGGUGUGAACAGUGCUACAGAGAGGCUGCUGACCGUCCUGAAGGUGGCAGCCGGCCUUGUUCCUACGGCCACUGCUCUGUACCUGUCCAGCCUGACUCGGUGCACCAUACCCCCAGACAUCGACCAGCCAAGCUUUGAGUAGUUUCUGGGACUGACUUCAUCAUGUACAGUGUAUAUUUGUAGUAGCUUCCUGCAACCGAUGCCCUGUUAUUUUACAUUUUAUAUUAUGUUUGUGGUUUGUUUGAACACAGCUGCAGUUUCCCUUUUGUCAUUGCGUUAUUGUAAUUCUAGAUUGUGCAUGUCAGUAAAACCUUUCAAACAAACACAA